GCAACAAAAUAAGGAACAACGUAGUACGCCCAGGAUAGAUCACGAUGUGUAUCAUAUGCAUUUGGUUUACCAGGUUAAUUAUCACCUAUCGUAGAACGUCAUUGUAUAAUUAGCGUGCUCUGGUUUGACGUCAUUGUUUCAUAUAAAUACCGAAUGCUCGAUCUCGGUCACCAUAAAGUCGCGAGAGAGCUAUCCUGCCGCGCCUAUUAUACUCUUAUAGGAAACGCUUCGUGUCGGCUUGCUUCGAACAGAAGCGAUCGUUAUUUCCUUGCGAAGAAUCGCCGAUAAUUCGAGAUUUCCAAUAUAAAAUGAUGCCUGCCAAAUUCAUUGUCUUCGCUUUACUGUUUGUCACCUGCUCUUAUGCCUCACCCCUAAGGAUGGCGACGAUGUAUGGUUCUUUUUUUGCCGUACCAAUAUUUAUUGAGGACUUCGAUGCAACUCAGGCGGCGAUAGACGAAGAACCAAUAUAUCUAUUAAAUGACGAUUCUAACAAUAAGAUUGAGAAUGACACCGAGAACUCUUUUGACGUUGAAAAACGCAGCAUCGAGGAAACAAAUGAUAAUGAUAAUGAUCUCGAAACUGCAGCUGGUACCAAUCUUCUUCGUCCUCUAUUCGUCUAUCGUCAGCAGGUCGCGUAUCGACAGCGCGCCAGAGAUGCCAUUCGACGAGGCAGGCGAAUAUAAACAAAGUAAGGAAGAAUCAAUUUGCAAAAUAAAGCUUGCUGUUUGAAGAUAUUUACAAACACGUUCGUGAAAAAAGAACGCAAGUUUAAUGACAAAACGGAAGUACGAAAAUUUGAAAAGCGGGAACGUAUGAAGUUGUACUCUUGCCGGACCAGCGAGAUUUACAGUUAAAAAAAAAGAAAAUAAAAAAUAAAAAAAAAACAAAUCAAAAAGAAA